AUGGGUAAGGGUAAGCCUCGUGGUUUGAACGCCGCUCGCAAGCUGCAGGACCACCGUCGUGACCAGAAAUGGUCCGACUUGGCCUUCAAGAAGCGCCUCCUCGGAACUGCCUACAAGUCGUCUCCCUUCGGUGGUUCUUCUCACGCCAAGGGCAUCGUUCUCGAAAAGGUCGGUGUUGAGGCCAAGCAGCCCAACUCGGCUAUCCGAAAGUGUGUCAAGGUUCAGUUGAUCAAGAACGGCAAGAAGGUCACUGCUUUCGUCCCCAACGAUGGUUGCCUCAACUUUGUCGACGAGAACGACGAAGUUCUCCUCGCCGGUUUCGGUCGUAAGGGCAAGGCCAAGGGUGAUAUUCCCGGUGUCCGUUUCAAGGUCGUCAAGGUCUCUGGUGUCGGUCUGUCCGCCCUCUGGAAGGAGAAGAAGGAGAAGCCCCGCUCUUAA